AUGAGUCGCCAUCCUCGCGUUGUAGAUUCCCAUAGUCAAGGUCAUUCUACAACAACAACAACAACAACAACCACGAAGCCUUUAUCAUCUUCUCUUUAUCAUCAAGACGUUCCGACGAUAACCAAUCAACAAACGCUCCAUCCAUUUCAUAACACCACCACCACCACUCAUGAUGAGAAAUACUCUUCUUAUUCAUUAAGUAGUAAGGAAAGUAUUAAUACGAACAGCAGCAACAACAGUGGUCGAGAGAAUUCCCUCACCAACGCCAUCCUACAUACAUCCCCACCAUGGGAAGAAGCCAGUAGUUUCUAUUACUUUCAAAAUGAAUUCUCCCCAUUCGUCCAGCCCUCCAACGAUCAUCAUCCACAUGGAAAUUUGUUGACCCUCUCAACAUCAGAUGCUAAUCUUUCUGAAAUCUCUCAACAACCAAGAAACGAUCCGAUCGUUGUGUCUUCUCCCUCCUCCUCUCACCGAUCUCAUACUCAACAUGUACAGACCUUUCCUUCACUUCAGACCACUUUCGACAAUUACCCUCGUCAUCAAGAAACUACCAUCGAUGCAUCUCCAAAAACUCAAACUCCCUCCUCCCUCAAAAACUCGGAAAGUUUCAAUAGACUCAAUGCGAAACAGGAGAGAGAAGUGAGGUGUUCUGAAAGCAGCGACCGAAGAAAGUAUUCAACAACCGCUGCACGAAAACAAUUAUCCCGCUGUGCUUCCUUCUUUGCCAAAUUCAUUACAGUGACCAAUGUGCUAAUUGUAUUAUUUAUUUUCCAAGUUUUUCUUGGUAUUGCUUCCUCUUUUGUGUUGCUUUACUCGAGUGGAGAACAUGUCCUUUCUCAUAUUCAAGACUUUCAAAGAUUUCAAAUGCAAGUUUUUAUUGACAGAGAAAUACAUCAAUUUGUGGACAACAUUAACACAUUCAUCUCUCACAUGAUGAGACUUGUUUAUCGAAUUAACCUAAACGACGAAAUAUCUCUGUUAAAGGUCAUUGAUACGGUUGACUCUCUUUACGCUAAAAACGUAGGAGCUAAUGCGUAUAGAUAUGCCCGCUUUGACGAUCGAUAUUUAGCACGUGAAUAUAAUCAAACAGUGAAAGGGUUAGCAUUACGAGUGUACGAUCCCUUAGAGACUUCUUUUUGCUAUUUUAAAAUUAGUAAGGAAGAAAUGAUACAUGCACCAAGUAAUAAUUCUUACACUCUCUCAGAGUAUCUUCAUAGCACGUUUACCCCCUUCUUUAAAUCCAAAGGGGUUAAAUACUUUCCUAAAUCAAGAGUUUACUACGCUCCUUUUAACAAAGGCAACAAUUCUGCGACAGAUAUUUUAUGGACUGAAUCUUGGAUUAAUUAUGUUGGAGCUUCAGUCGUGUCACUCAGCAUUCCUCUCUUUAGCAAUUACUCCCUUUCCUAUCUAAAUGAUACAAGUAACCGUUAUUUGAUACAAUCUGAAUUAUCACCCAAAUUAAUUUCAAUCCCAAGCGUGGAUCCAAACACCAAUCCACAAUACAAAACUCCAGAAUAUUUAUUUGGAGUUUUAAGUAUUCAGUUCUCGAUUGAGCUUACCAUUUCAAAACUGCUGAACUCAACAAGGUCCGGUUGGGAUAUUCUCUCGAGUUACAGUAGCAAUAUUUUGGAUAACAGCUUCAUUAUGGAUGCAAAAAACGCAAUUUUGGGCCAACAAGGAGGAUCGACAAGAGUGAAUGCCAUGUACAAUAUCAUUGUGCAAAAACAACUCAUUGAGGUGUUAAUUGCAGCAAAAUGUUCGGCCAUUCAAUUGCCCGCCAGUAUGACUGAUGUUACUGUCACCACGUCGAACACAGUAUUUUUCAUUAUUCCUGCGGGCACUACUGUCAAUGGAACGACCUUUUCAGAUACACUGGAGGUGGAAAUUAUGCCCUUUUGUGACAGCUAUAAUCUUCAAUGGUUUAUUGUAGUUGGUGUCAAGCAAACUUCGUUUUUUGAAGAGGCAGUUAGAGGUAGCGAAUCCUACCUUGCACUAUUUGUGGGGUUGUUGGGUUUGGAAAUGAUACUUCUCUCCCUUAUUAUCGUUAGAAUUAGUUGUUCUUUAAAUCGACUGGCAGCCUCCGUUCAACAAAUCUCUCAAUUUGGACCUUUCCCAAGCAAGACAAACAACCACCCAUCGAAAUGGAAGCAAACUCUUUUAAACGCAAUUGAUUUUCUACAAGAAAGUACAUUAUUUUAUGACAUUAGACUAAUGCACCAAAAUCUAUCUAUAAUGAACAGUGGUCUUGAAAUAUUUUGCAAAUAUAUCCCAGAUACAAUGAAACGAGAAUGUGCUCAGCUUGACCUUGGUUUUUCCAAAAGAGAAUUAGGCGUUUUACGUGUUGAAAUUCAGGAUUUUUAUGAACUCAAUAUUGUCGACACUAACCGAAUUGCAGGAAUAAUGACUAAAUAUUACAACCUUACAUCCAAUGCAAUACAUGUCAAUGGAGGUGUUGUAGAUAAGUUUGUGGGAGGAAGUGUCACUGCUGUUUUUAAUUUAUCAGAAGAACAUACACCAGAGGCUACAGCAACUCAAAUGUGUCAAUCGGCUUUACAGAUUGUUUUGGAGCUGGAGAAGUAUAACCAAACGUUCUCUACAAACUUUUCUGUGACCAUUGUAAUGAAUUACGGAACCAUGUCAGUGGGAAAUAUUGGUUCCAAUAAUCGUUUGAGCUUUUGUGUUUUUGGUCCAGAAGUCACAUUGUUAAAAAGUAUUUUAGAUGAGCAUCACAUCUCGGCCAAGUCCAUAAUAAUAAUGACAGAAAAGGUUUUCGAAAAGGUGAAAAACAUCUUUACUUGCUACUUUGUGGAUUUUAUUGGUAUUAAUGAGCAUCUCGAAGGUGUCUAUUUAUUGGAAUGCUUGUCUCAACUGUCUACCACAAAGCAGCUCGAAAACUUUUCAUCAUUGGCUAACGUCAGAGAAUGCAUAAUUGAUCGGAGUUUCAAGGAGGCAAACGCAGAGUUAAGCAAACUUCUCUUGGAGUCACAUCUAGCUUGUCCUUACUCACUGCUGCAACAACUAAAAAACAAAAUCUCAAACUAUGAAUAA